GGCUCGUCAUGGCGCAGCGCUCCGCUCACCUCGUCGUGCCCAUCGCGCUGCUGCUCUUCGGGCUCGUCGCCAUCCUGCUGCUCACGAUCCCCGCCGAAGACGUCCAGGAGCCGCCCGGGUUCAUGUACGGGAUCGUCCUGGAUGCUGGAUCUUCACACACAGCUCUGUACAUAUACAAAUGGCCGGCAGACAAGCAGAAUGGCACAGGUGUGGUCACCCAGCACAGCGAGUGUCACGUAAAAGGCGGAGGGAUCUCGAGCUAUGCAGGCCAACAGGGAGCAGCAGGGCAGAGCUUGGAGGCUUGUCUCGACCAGGCGGUGAAGGACAUCCCCAAAGACCGACAUCGGCUCACACCUGUGUACCUGGGAGCCACAGCUGGCAUGAGGCUUCUGCACAUUUCCAGCCCGGACCAGUCGGUUCAGAUUCUGCAGGAAGUGGGCCAUAAAAUCCACUCGUACCCGUUCAGCUUCCAGGGAGCUGCCAUACUGAGCGGUCAGGAGGAGGGAGCGUACGGCUGGGUCACCGUCAACUAUCUCUUAGAGAACUUCAUUAAGUACGGCUUUGAGGGCCGCUGGUUCAGCCCCAGCAGGCCGACAGUGGGAGCGCUCGACUUCGGCGGAGCGUCCACGCAGAUCACAUUCGCCACCGAGGAGAAAAUCGAGGACAAACGCGACGUGAUGAAGCUGCGUCUCUACGGCCACGAGUACUCUCUGUACACUCACAGCUUCCUGUGCUACGGCCAGGACCAGUUCCUCAAGAGGCUGCUGGCUCAUAUCGUAAAGUCUCAGGGCUACUCCGAGUCCGUCACCCACCCCUGCUACCCUGCAGAUGCCAGCAGGGUGUUGAAGCUGAACAGUAUAUUUAAUUCCCCGUGCACAGCCAAGUACAAACCCAGCUCCUACGACCCCCAGGCCUCUCUGACGGUACAAGGCAGCGGAAAUUAUGGACACUGUCUGGGCAACGUGUCCGAGCUCUUCUCCUUCGGCGCCUGUAAAUUCUCCCGGUGCUCCUUUGACGACGUCUUCCAACCGAACGUCACCGGUGGCUUCAUGGCGUUCUCUGCGUUCUACUACAUUCACUCGUUCCUGCAGCGAGUCACCGGCAUCACCGUUAGAACUCCUACAGACCUGGAUGAGACGGCCAAGGAAGUGUGCACCAUGAGUUUCAACGAGAUGAUGCUUCUCGUUCCAGAUCUGAAGUCUCGUUUGCUGAAUUAUUGCGCCGCCUCCGUGUUUAUGGAGAUCCUGCUGUUGAGAGGUUACGGCUUCGAUGACACGUCGUUCGAACACAUUUCCUUCCAGAAAAAGGCUGGAGACGCCUCGGUGGGCUGGGCUCUGGGCUACAUGCUGAGUUUAAGCAACAUGCUGCCUGCAGAGCGGAUGGAGCUGAGGAAGGCUUUGACCCCCGGAGCUUGGGGAACCCUCAUCUUCCUCUUCGUGCUGCUCCUCGCUGCAGUCCUGGUCUUCAUCUUAAUGCGGGUUUGCGACAGGAGGAAGAAGAAAGGAGGCGGCGAAAGCAACAUCUAGAUGCUGCAACGAAAAUAACAGUAGGACAGUUUUGGCUCUGCGCUCAAACAUGUUGAAUCUUAAACAGAAAGGGGAGAUAAAAGAGCUGAAUUUGAGUUUUUUAAUUUGAGCACAUAAUGUUGUAGCUCUUUUUUUUUAUUUAAUUUUUUUUAUACGUAGUCCUCCAGUUUUCAGCUAAUGCAGCAGAACAAUAAUCUUAACCGUACUGUGCACUCUAUUUACUGACUGCAAAGGACACCAAAGACACAAACAUGACCACGCCCAGUUAAAUUUUAUAAAAUUGAAGAAUGUGCACAGAAAUGACUGCAGCUUCUCCACUGUCUGGUUAAUUUGCAUGUAAAUGUGUUCAAAUACAACCCUUUUUGUUUUUAAGUCGUUAAAUUUUAAACCCGAAGUGCAGAGCACAACUCAACCGACAAACUGACCAAACACCGUCUCCACUGCCCGUAGCAAACCCUCGGCGGCAUUAGUAGCACAGCAGAAGUCUGAAUGUAAUGUGUUGUUUUUUAUUCUUGAAACGUCAAACCGACUUUGUAGCGUGUUUGUGUGACUGUACUCUGAAGCACUGUUACAAUAAAAUGAAGCACAUUGUGGAGUUCUA